ACUGACGACCGACAACAAUCAUAUAAAUAACCCCAUCUCGGCUCAUAUAUUGUCUUUUUCAUUUUACAAUCGUUAAAGGAUGUUAUUCAGCAAAAUAUCCGUCCCCUUUUUUGUGGCGAUAUUUGCAAGUGCUAAAGCACAGCAACAAAAUAUUACUUAUAGUGUCAUCAGUUCACCUCCACCCAAUAUGGGUCUCGCAGUUGUGGUAGACGGCACUCCAUUUCCCUUACAAGCAAAUCAAGGCAUCUUGUAUCAAGGCAAAGCUCCUAUUGCCCAAAAGGAAUACCACUAUGCAAUCGUAGAAUUCAACACUGUUAAAGUUCCUGAGCCAUUCACAAGAAAUCCAAUUCAAAAAGAUACAUCAAACGAAUUCUUUAAUCGUACUCUCAACACACACAACAUCACGUCUCUCCCACAAGUGAUGACCCCUGUGCCUAUCUUGCACAGAAUAAAAUCAGAUCUUCAUACUGAAGGUCAAAUACCUACAUAUCAUUUAUGGGGAAAUGAAACGGCUGUGGAUUACUUGCUCAAGAACGCUACCGAGGAUAUUGACAUUAAAUUAAACCUUACUUACAUUGGACUGGAUAAAAUUGAAACAUUUGAGGAUGUAAAGGUAUCUUUGGCUGGUCGCUCCUCACGUAUGGUCGACAAAGUUUCAUUUGGAAUAAAGUUAAAAAAGAAGAGUGAUGAUACACUGUAUGGCUACAAAAACCUAAAGUUACGAGCCAUGGCAAUGGACCCCUCUUAUAUACGUGAAAAAACUGUUCAUUCUGCACUCAAGGCUGUGGGUGUACCUGCCAGUGAUUUCUCAUAUGUUAGACUAUUUAUUAAUAACAAGCCUGCUGGUUUAUAUGGUGUUAUCGAAACAUUUCAAGAUCCUUGGCUUGCAAGUGAAUUCAAAGACGGAGACAAGAACUACAAGUCUGGCUACCUUUACCAAGCAAUUCUUGCGGGUAUGAACCAGCAAGAAUGGCAGUACAUGUCUGAUCUUCGCUAUUAUGAUAACCUUACCAUAUAUACUUUGGGAGAAUACAAAAUCAAAGCCGGUCCUUCAAAGGAUAGCCCACAAGACUUUUCUGACUUACAAGAGUUUACAAAGUUUAUUCAGGACGCUUCAAACACGACGACUAUUGAUGAUUGGCAAAAACGUAUGGAUGUUGACGUUUUCCUUCGAGCUAUGACUAUUGAAAACUUGUUGGGAUUCUCUGAUGCCCUGAUGACAAUGUCAAAUAAUUUCAACUUUUACAAGAAUCCUGAGGAUGGCCGUAUGAUCUAUAUUCCUUACGAUUUUGAUACUACGCUUGGUACUGGCCUAUUUGAAAUGAACCUGUUACUCACAGGAAACUACACUGCAUUCCCUGGCUUGACCUUCCGACCUUUGCCCAAGAAGUUCUUUUCUUAUGACUACUUUUCUGCACCUUACCAAAAUCUGUUGGUCAACGUCACAAAGUCAUUGGUAAAUCCUACUGUUAUGAAUCCAUUCUUUGACAGCGUUACGAAAAUGAUUCAGCCUGAUAUCGAGUGGGAUAUGUCUCUGCCAAAGCUUGCUCAUGGAGCCCCAGUUCCUGAGCCUGGAGGAGACAAGACUGAAGUAGCGAAGAUUAUGCCACCUGGCUUUUUGACCAAUUGGACCAAGAUCCCUGAGCAAUAUCUACCUCCACAGGUGUUCAUUGCUAAAAAGAGUGCUGCUGUACUCAGUUUUUAUAACCAAAGUCUAUAAAGAAACAGAAUAAAGGAACGC